AUGAAUAAAAAUAACAAACCUUCCAGUUUUAUUGAUGUAAGGAACGCCUCUUUCUCCGAAAUUGGAAUUGGGAUCACAGCCAAUGCCAUCCUUCUUAUCGUCCACGUCAACUCCCUAUUUCUCAAGCACAGGCCUAAGCCAACUGACCUGAUCAUUGUUCACUUGGCCCUAAUCCACAUAGUCAUGCUACUAACCAUGGGGUUCAUGACUGCAGACAUCUUUGGGUCCCAGAAACUUUGGGAUGACAUAAAAUGUAAAUCAGUUAUCUAUAUGUACAGAUUGAUGAGGGGCCUAUCUUUUUGUACCACCUGCCUCCUAAGUGUCACCCAGGCCAUCAUCCUGAGUCCCCGAAGCUCCUACUUGGCAAAGUUCAAACAUAAAUCAUCACACCAAAACAUGUAUAGCAUUUUCUUCCUCUGGGUCUUCAAUACGGCCAUUAAUAGUAAUUUCUUAAUAUCUACUAUUGCCACCCCCAAUGUGACCUCAGCCUGUCUUCUAUUUGUCACUGAAUCCUGCUCACUUUGUCCUGUGAGCUACUUCUUUAGGUACAUAUAUUUUGCACUGGUGGCAUUCCAGGAAGUCUCCAUGAUGGGGCUUAUGGCCCUCUCAAGUGGGUACAUGGUGAUUCUUUUGUACCAGCAUAAGAGGCAGACCCAGCAUCUUCACAGCACCAAUCUUUCUCCAAAGACAUCUCCAGAAAAAAAGGCCACUACGACCAUUCUGUUACUCAUGAGUUUCUUUGUGGUCAUGUACUUUUUGGACUUCAUUGUCUCCUCUUCUUCAAGAAUGUUGUGGAACAAUGACCCUGUGCGUCUGUGUGUCCAAAUGAUUGUGGGAAAUGGCUAUGCCACCAUCAGUCCUUUGUUGCUCAUCAGCACCAAAAGACAAAAAUCAAAGGACGACAAUAAAUGUGUAAUUUUUCUGUGA